GUCCAUGCGUGGGAGAUCUCAGACCAGUUGCUACAGAUCCGGCAGGAUGUGGAAUCAUGCUACUUUGCAGCCCAGACCAUGAAAAUGAAGAUCCAGACCUCGUUCUAUGAACUCCCCACAGACUCGCAUGCUUCAUUGCGGGACUCGUUACUGUCCCACAUCCAGAACUUGAAAGACCUGUCACCCGUCAUUGUAACUCAGCUCGCAUUAGCAAUAGCAGAUCUCGCCCUGCAAAUGGCUUCUUGGAAAGGCAGUGUACACACACUGGUGGAAAAGUACAGCAAUGACGUGACAUCACUGCCCUUUCUGCUGGAGAUCCUCACGGUGCUGCCAGAGGAGGUUCAUAGCCGAUCGCUGCGCAUUGGCGCCAACCGCCGUACCGAAAUCAUCGAAGACCUGGCUUACUACUCCAGUACAGUGAUCUCCCUUCUCAUGACCUGUGUGGAGAAAGCGGGCAACGAUGAGAAGAUGCUCAUGAAAAUUUUCCGCUGCCUGGGGAGCUGGUUCAACCUGGGCGUGCUGGACAGUAACUUCAUGGCCAACAGCAAGUUACUGUCGCUCCUCUUCGAGGUGCUGCGCCAAGACAAAACCUCCUCCAACCUGCACGAGGCCGCCUCGGACUGCGUGUGCUCGGCGCUCUACGCCAUUGAAAACGUGGAGACCAACCUGCCCCUGGCGCUGCAGCUCUUCCAGGGGGUCCUGACGCUGGAGGCUGCCUACCACAUGGCGGGGGCCCGGGGGGGUUUAGACAAGGUUCUCAAUUACUGCCGCGUCUUCACCGAGCUCUGCGAGACCUUUCUGGAUAAAAUCGUCUGCUCGCCGGGCCAGGGGCUGGGGGACCUGCGCACGCUGGAGCUGCUGCUGAUCUGUGCGGGCCACCCGCAGUACGAGGUGGUGGAAAUUUCCUUCAACUUCUGGUACCGACUGGGCGAGCAUCUGUACAAAACGGACGAUGCCGUCAUACACAGCAUCUUCAAGGCCUACAUCCAGAGGCUCCUGCACGCCCUGGCCAGACACUGCCAGCUUGACCCCGACCACGAGGGUGUCCCAGAGGAGACGGACGACUUCGGGGAGUUCCGCAUGAGGGUCUCGGACCUGGUGAAGGAUUUGAUCUUCCUGGUGGGAUCGGUGGAAUGUUUUGCUCAGCUUUACGCAACCUUGAAGGACGGGAACCCUCCCUGGGAGGGGAAACGGCUGCCCUCUCUUCCCAGGGAGAACAACCCGACGCUGGUGGAGGUGCUGGAGGGGGUGGUGCGCCUCCCUGAGUCUGUGCACACGGCUGUGCGCUACACCAGCAUAGAGCUGGUGGGCGAAAUGAGCGAAGUCGUGGACAGAAACCCUCAUUUCCUGGACCCCGUCCUGGGCUAUUUGAUGAAAGGGCUGUGUGAGAAGUCACUGGCCUCCGCCGCCGCCAAAGCCAUCCACAAUAUCUGCUCCGUAUGCCGGGAUCACAUGGCGCAGCACUUUAACGGCCUUCUGGAGAUCGCCCGCUCCCUCGACUCCUUCAUGCUCUCGCCGGAGGCUGCCGUGGGACUCCUCAAAGGGACAGCGUUGGUCCUUGCCCGGCUACCCUUGGAAAAGAUAGCAGAGUGCCUCAGUGAAUUGUGUGCCGUUCAGGUCAUGGCUCUGAAAAAGCUGCUGUCUCAGGAGCCGAGCAAUGGCCUGUCUUCAGACCCCACCGUGCCCCUAGAUCGCCUGGCUGUCAUCUUUAGGCAUACCAACCCCAUUGUAGAGAACGGCCAGACUCAUCCGUGCCAAAAAGUCAUCCAGGAGAUCUGGCCAGUCCUGUCGGAGACCCUGAACAAACAUCGUGCCGAUAACCGCAUCGUGGAGCGCUGCUGCCGGUGCCUGCGGCCGUCCAAAGGACCUCGGGUCCCGUGCCACAAAAAGCCGGGGCCGUUGCUCGUCCGCCCUUCCGCCUGCACGUCGGUCAGUGCGGCGAGUCCGGCCUGGACAGGCGCGGGGAGCUGGGAAGGACCCCCCGGGGCGGGCGCCUGGGCUGGGCUCACCAGGCCCCUCUUCCCCCCGCAGCACGAGGAGGACUUUGAACUCCGGAAGGAGCUCAUCGGGCAGGUGAUGAACCAGCUGGGCCAGCAGCUCGUAAGCCAGCUGCUGCACACGUGCUGUUUCUGCCUGCCGCCCUACACCCUGCCCGACGUCGCCGAGGUGCUCUGGGAGAUCAUGCAGGUCGACAGGCCGACGUUCUGCCGCUGGCUGGAGAAUUCACUGAAGGGUUUACCAAAGGAAACGUCGGGGGGAGCCAUCCAAGUGACGCACAAACAACUCACAGACUUUCACAAGCAGGUGACUAGUGCGGAGGAAUGUAAACAAGUGUGCUGGGCCCUGAGGGACUUCACCCGGUUGUUUCGAUAGCUCGUGCGCCCGCGCUGUGCCUGUCUCCCAGGAAUGUCUUUUUAUUUAGAAGACAGGAAAUAACAAACCCAAGAAUGUGUCCCACAAUCAGCAAACUUCAUUGUGGCCGAGGGCUUUUGCUCUCUCUAGUACCGUCAACCCGAAGAGACACUUCGCCGCCAGAACCAGCCCGUGAAGUUCCUGUUUGUGAGAGAGAGGGCCACUUGACCCCGACUACAGAUGGCUGCAGCCCGACCGACGGCAUUGCAGGGGGAACGCUGCUUUCCUGAUGGACUUGCUUUAAAAAAAAAAAAAAAAAAGAGAGAGAGAGAGAGGGGAAAAAAAAA